GUCGAGAGUCUCAGUACAUAUUCAGAAUGUUACCGAGUAAAGAUCUUGUGUGUUUCCUCUUUCUGUGGAUUUUCGUGACUAACGUAAAGUGUCAGGAUAUCGAAGAAAUGUCCAAGACAUUGGAUGAAAUACUCGUCAAUACCAGAUCAUUUCGACGACCACGGAAUCACGAAGAUUCAUCAUUAAUUUGGCAGGAAUAUGAAUUUGGCACUGGGGCUGGAAAUCGAGAAGAAGUUAUUGUGACAAAUAUUUCAUUGUAUGGAUUUAAUCUGCCCGAUAACAUUGAUUGGAAAUUUUUUCAAAUAGAAACUUCUUACUUUAUUUGUGCAGAGAAUUCAACAUUAUUUUUCUAUAAGAUUAAUCUUGAUGAUUUGUCAGUUGAACAUACUCUAAGUAUAACGACUGAAGGAAAAAUAUUACAAUUUAAAGUUCUUAAUUUAAAUACCGAAAAAACAUUCUAUGAAAAUCACGUUAAUUUAAUGGUAGUCUUACUGGUUGAAAUCCAACAUAGCUAUUUCUUGUACUGGUACAGAAUCUUUGGAAAUACGUACACGUUGUAUUUGACGUGGCCUGUACAAAAACAAAUUCAAGACAUGGAAUUUGUACGAGAAGAAGAGCAACAUGAAUUAUUGCUACUUGACAAUGAUGUACAUCCUGAAGAACAAUCGUUGAUCGAUAUUUAUGGUUUCAAUGUUGAUUAUAAUAAGCAUCGCAUUGAUAUAUGGUUUUGUCGGCGAUUAUUUGUUCCAAAAGUAUUUGAUGUUCAAAUAUGUUCGAUUUAUGGAAGUUCCGUGUUGGCUUUUCAAGGAAUUAAUAAUAUUAUUUUAUAUAAAUCGAAAAAUGAACGUAAAUCUUGUCAGUUUGAAAAAUUUGAAAUUAUCGAGUCCAACGAGUUAAGAAAUUUCGUCUGUUUCGAGAGUGGCUAUAUUGAAUAUCUAGCAAUUGGUGGAAAGGAAACGCGUUUACUUCGCUUUUCCGAGAACGAGUUUCAAAAUAAUGUCGAGACGGAUCUGCAUUUCAAUGAUACUACUGACAUUUCUUGGAUCACCACUAUAUCACUGAACACAUACCGGGAUGAAUCAUUAUUAUUGGUUCAAUUUAAAAAUUUGUCAGUAAUUGCUCUAGCUUGGCAAGGAUUAAAGUUCAAGACGGUAGCUUUACCUAAUCAAAUUAUAAAUAAUUUUGAUCUGUCAAAAAUCAUUCCUAUUCCAAAAGUUGGAUUCGUGCAUGCAAAUGUGCUUGUAUGUAUUGAUGUGACCUUGAGCGAAUUAGCGCAUCCUAUUCACAAUGAGACGGAAAGCAUAUUAAAGACGCGAAUUUUGUUGGAGGAGGUUUUUCGAAAACAGGAAGUAGUCUUUGACGAGACUAAAGCACGCUUGGAUCAAAGUUACUUUAAAAAUGCUGUAUCAGGACUAUGGAAUUUUUCGAAAGUAGAUGCAUCGAAUGCGACAAUAGAAAGAAAUGUAAAUUACGGCGCUGUCAAAGUCGGGUCGAUUGACUUGGAAAUGGAAGACAUAUUGAUAAACGUGACAUCGAUUUUAAAGAAACUGGAUAAAUUUGACACGAGGCUUAAUCAAAUCUUAUUGGAUUUGCAAAAUGUAACUGAUUCGAGAAUCAACUUAUCGUCAGAUAUUGAAUUAACUGGGAAUUUUCUGGUGACUGGAACGUUGUACGCAAAAAAUAUAACUGCUGCUUUUGUAAAUAACGCAUCAACUUCGAUCGCAGGAAACAAUAUUGUAAAUUAUGUUUCUAAUAUCGUUAACGGCCAGAAAUCUUUUCUUUCCAUCAAUACUGAUAAUUUAACAGUUUUCUCACUGAAUGGGGUCCCGUUGCAAGAAAUUGUUCUUGAUACUUCAAUAAAAAAUUAUAACAACACUGAUUUUUCGAAGUUAAAACGAUUACAAAUUAAUGGACACUUAAACUUUUCCGAGAUAAAUAAUGUUACAUGGGAGAAUCUAAUGCAAAGUGUAAUAUGGAAAGAUGAACCAAUAACUAUUCCAGGAGAGACUAUCGUGGAAGGGCAGCUUAUCGUUGACGAAGCCAAUGUCAAAAAUCUGAACCAUUUACGAUAUCCAGAAGAUUACGUUUUAAUUAAUGAUAAAAAUUCCAUCAACGUUACGGGUGAAAAAUACUUUGCCAAUCUGUCUACAACACAUUUGCUGGGUAUUGAUUCAAUAAAUAAAAUAAAUAUUGAUGAUUUCAUUAUUGUUAGCAGACAGGAGAUUAUUGAUCAUGAAAUUACUUUUGAAAAUCUCGAGAUUGGAAUUUUCCAGCUUGACGGCGAUAUAACGGGUAUUAACAUAAGCAACAUAGAGGGUUUGCUCAAUGAAACUGCUAGGCUCUCGUCAGAUAUUAUUUUUGAAAAUCUGACUGUUAUGGGAAACAUUGUACUUCAAGAUUCAAUUGAUGAUAGAACAUGGUCGGAUUUUGAUGAUCUUUUGCUGAAAACAGAGGAAAAUGCAUUAAUUACUGGGAAUAAAAAAUUCUCGAAUCGUAUUUGUAUAAAUUCCAACGUCACAAUCACAUCUGGACAAAUUAAUAAUCACUUUUUCUCAGAGUUUGUAACGUUAAAUACAGAUCAACAGUUUCCCUAUUUGAGAAAAAUAUCGGCAAAUGUCACGUUUGGCAACGUAACUUUUGGCAUGAUAAAGAAGUUGGAAAAUUACAUAACUCGUGAACAAAAUGUUGCUUCUGCUACUUGCCUAAACAAAGUAUUAUUGUUUAUUAGAUCAUGUAUCGUUGACGAUUUGUCUUUUGAUACUCUGAAGCAAAAUAUUACUCAGACUGCUUUUUUCGACAAAUUAAAUCAAACUUUCGAAAAAAUGUACUUUGAAAAUUUGAUACUCUCAACAUUAAUAGCCGAUGAAAUCUCGCCGAACACGAUCAAUUAUAUCGAUUACGCUAAUUUGACUGGACGCAUCUUAACAAUUUCUACGCAGCAAAAUUUGACAGGCGCUUUAAUAGUUGACAAUUUGGAAAUCGAUGUCUUGAACGCAGAAAUAAUUAAUGGAAUGCCCUUGAAUGAAUUACAACGAUUAUUAGAGCAUGCAAAAUCACUUUACAAUGAUAUUUUCAACGGAAAUGCGCCAAUAAGGUCACUUCGAGUGACAGGAAUGAUAACAGCAUCUUUGAUUAAUGAUAAUGAUAUCGUUAACGUUUACAAGAAAGACUGCAUGGGAACUGUAAUUUUCAAAGAAAACACAUCGAUUAAACAUCUAACGGUGGUUGGCUUCGUGAAUGGUUUAAAUCUAACUGAAUUUGUUGCUGACGCGGUACAGAAAGUCGACAGAAACAUAACAUUUGUAGGCCACAAAACAUUAGAGAAUGUUACAUGCGAAUUUUUGAAGGCGCGAGUUAUAAAUGGACAUCCUAUAGAAAAUAUCUUGGAUUCCAGUAAAAAACAGAUACUGAAAGGACCAGUUGUUAUAAAUGGCUGGGUCACAGUUUUAAGGAAUUUUGAUACAACUGGCAAGAUUGGAAAUGUAUUCUUAUGUGAUUUUAUAAAUAGAUUUAAAUCACUUGAAAAUAAUACUUAUGCUCUUCACGGCAAUUUUUAUUUCAAUGAAAUUACUUCAAUAACAAGGCUGAAUAUAAGUGGACUAAUUCAAAGAUUAAUGUUUGACAGUUUGUUGGAGACAUUAAUUCGUAAAAACGAUGAAAAUAUUAUAAUAUCUGGAUCGAAAAUUUUUAAAAGUCCAAUUACGUUUAAUAGUGCAUUUACUAUCUAUGGCAAUUUAAAUAAUUUAGAUUUAAACAGAUUUCACAAAAAUGCUAUUUAUAUUGAUAAACCUUUCUCGAUUGAUGUUAAAGUUAUGUUUAAAGAAGAUGUGUAUAUACAAAAAACUCUUGUAGUAAAAACAGAAUUACAAUCAAAUACUAUCAUGGAUGUCGAUAUGAAAGAUUUGCAAGAGAAUGUUAUCACUCUCAAUGAACUUAAUUAUUUUUCAGAACGGAUCAUACUUGAUAAUGUGACUUUCCAAGCAAGCAUAAAAGUUGUACAGGUCAAUGACUUAAAAAUUAAUAUGCUGAUUCCAUUGCAUACGAAACAGUUAAUCAUAUCGCAUAAACUUAAUUGCAAUAAUGCCACCGUUAAAAACAUACAAAUAACAGGACAUAUUAAUACCUACCAUCUAGAAGAUAUUUUUACAAACACAUUUUUGAUAUAUAGUAAUCAAAAUAUUUCGGGAUAUAUACAUAUUCAAGGAAAUGUUUAUGCGUAUCAUGAUUUUAAUGCACAUCUCGUUAAUAGGUUCAAUACGAAACAAAUUGUUUCUUUAAUUGCCAAUGACACUUUAGCAGGAAAUUUUAUAUUCAAAACUCCUGUUGUUCUUGAUAAAAGUCUCAAAAUUGGGGGUCUUUUAAAUGGAAUAAAUCCAAUCAAUUGGCAAGGCGUUGCAAUCGAAAUAGUAACUAAACAAAUUAUCUGGAAUAAACAGAUUAUAUCUGGAAAGUGGAAAAUAUAUGGAAAUGUCCAUUUUGAAGAAAAUAUUGGCGGAAGUGAGUUUUUGAGUGGAGUUAAUGUCAGCGAAACAUCAUUUGAUUUAUCAAAGGAAAAUCCUGAAAUAGAUCGCAUCAUCAAUGAAACAUAUAUGGAUCUGAAUAAUAUAUAUGCAUUCCAUUUAGACACGCUUAAAUACAAUGCUAUGAAUCAGAUAUACAAGUUCAAUACAUUUGACUACUUGAAAAUUCAGGAAUUUGAAGGAGAUAUUCAUGAUAUCCGUACUAUUGAAUUAGAUAUGUUCGAUUAUAUAUUGGUAAAUUAUGAUACUUGCCGUAUGAAACUUAUAAUGUAUAUUCAAAAUGAUUUUCAAGUGGUCGACGAAGUGUCCGAUUUUGGAUUAAUUGAUAAAUGGAUUUUUUUAAAUCCAAAUCAUCCUAUGUAUUUCUUUACCGUCGCAAAACGCACCUGCGGUAGAAGCUUGAAUAAUAUAUGGAAAUUAGAAAAUAACAGAUUAAUGCAUGUGUCGGAAUUUGACAAUGUUAGCUAUAUUAUGGAUUUACAUCAAGAUCAAUUUGUAUCAAUGGCUUCCGAAAAUCUUGAAAAUGCUUCAGAAAAUAUUCAGUCAGAUAUAUUGCAAAGUCUCAUCUCAUAUAAGAAUGAAAACAAAAAAUUAAAUUUAAUUUCAAAUAUUUAUCCAAUUGCCUUUGUUAAUCAAUCCUUAAUUUACGGAUUACAAGGAAGAUCUUCCAAUGAUACAUAUCUAAGAAAUGACAGCACGUUAAAUUUUAAAGUAGGUAUUUAUGAAAAAGAAGAAUAUAUUUACUACGACGAAGAAGUCAGCCGUGAUUAUAUAUUCUUGUGCCAAAAUGACAUCUCGCAAACACAGAUUUUGCAAACUAUAAAAACACGUCUGCCGAAAUCAUUUUUGAUUCUAAAUUUCAAUGGACUUGUCGAAACAUUGUUUAUUUUUGCAGAAAAUAAUGAUACCAUUCAGAUUUACGAAUAUAAAGGUAUCAACGGUUUUGUACAGAAAAGUGAAAUAAAAAUAAAAGUUGAUAAAUUGUACAAUUUUAAAAUAAGAAAACACAUUAAUCUGGAGAAAAAACAUUGCUUGGCCGUUAUACACAAGAAUCGAUUAACAAUUUUGGAAGCAAAAAUGUAUGGUGAAAAGUUGGAUUUAUAAAUCUCAGUUACAAACAUCUGUACAAAUAUUUAUAAAUAAAAAAAUGGGAGUAUAUAUAUGCAAUA